GGGGGUAUGUAACCUUGUCCUUUUUAUUUUCCUUUGUUCCUCCACUCAGUUCCGAUUGACAAGAAACAAACAAAAUCUGGAGUGCUUCAAAAACGAUGGGGGCUACCAAGAGUAGAAUGGUAUUUAAAAGAAAGCAUGCAUCGAUCAGGAAGAGUGUUCAAAUUGAACAAGAGGCUGCUGCUCCAAAAAUUGUUCUCUUUACAGGACACUCACACAGAAUGAAUCUAGCGAUUGCUCUGCCGUUGGCUGAAGAUCCGCUUUCGAGUUUCAAAGUUUUGGUCACAAUACCAUCUCUCUCAAGUAGUGAAUAUUUAGAAGAUCCACGGGUAUUGAAUGUGCUCAAUAAGACGCUGUUUGUCCUCCCAAUGGAUUUCGAGUCGGAGGAAUCGAUCAAAGGAGUCCUUCGAGAGAUCAUGGAUAAUGAUGGAUUUAUUGAUGCUGUCGGUGAGUGUAAAUGGUGUUUACUGGUGGUAAAUCGCGCAUACUUUUCUUAUUUUGAUUAUGCUACAAUCUGCAUAGUUAGAAGAACGUGCGAAUCUUUGUUAUCAUUCUUUCACGUUAUUCCGCUGUCAAUGGUUUGCGAGUCGUUACACAUUUUUCUGUGUGCAAUGAGGAGACCUUACGUGACAAUUUGAUACAGCUGUGCGUGUAUUCGAGCUGCAGCAAACUCACCAGUUCUGUCGACAGAGUGUUUUUCUUUUUGUAAAUAUAUUUCCCACCUACUUGAAAAGCUUUUGUGGGUUUUCGGUGUAACUGAAAAAAAUGUGGCAUUCUCACAUUUCCGGUUGUAAAAUUGUCUCCAGAGAUCACGCGUUUCAUUAUUGAGAAGUCUGUUAUCAAUUUGUGGAAUCCUCGGGCAGUCACUUCUUUGACUCUUUCUAAAACAUCGGACGAAAGUGGUGUCCUAGAACUGUGUGUCAAAUUCAAUCGCUUUUCCCAUGAGAAAGUAUUGUAUAAAACUUAGUAACUAAUCAGUGCUGUUUAUCGGCUGAGUCACCUAGUCAUGAGGUCGUGGAUUAACAUGUUGGAAUUAUCUCGCGGGAAGUUAAACACAUUUCAUGAGUCAAGAGAUGGGUCCGUUCUUUCAAUUGUGACGAUUAUUAAAGCCCGAUUUUCAAUGCUCUAGGUUGGUUUUCCAAGGCUGUAAUUGGAUUAUUGCGAUGAAAUGAUCUUUCAGUUAUUUCCAGAUAGACUCUGUGUCGAGAGACACUAUGACCUCGUUGUCUUGGAUCGUGUCGCUGCUUAUGGUGGAUACGAAGUGAACUAAGUUAGUCCGAGUUACCAUAUAAGAUGUAAGCAGAAUACUAUAAUCACCAUAGGGUGGAUCUUCAGCGGCUAUUUGUGUCGAGACCUGUCCUUGUUCUAAACAGUUUCUGAAAGGUUAGUCGAUUCUCGGACAACUUCCGAGUCAGACGAUCUUUCGAAUCUGUUUAGGAGUUGUUUCUGUCCUUUCUCGAUGAGGGAUGGCUUCGAGGCCUAUUAUUAUUAUGAUUUACUAUUACUUCUAUUAUUACUAAUAGACCUAGUAAGUCUGUGUUGUCACCCCCUCAGUCAGGUGGGAGAGCCAUGAUAGGCCUAUUUUCUAUUAAAUGUUUGCGUGCGUCUCAGUGGAUUUCCUUCGUGAUUUUAGGAUGUUUUGAUUUAUUUGAAACUAUGCGCCCUGUUGGACAAAGCCAAGCAAACCAAGUACAUUGUAUUCAAAAUUUCCCCAACUGAUGACGGUUGCUUAUCAAGUAAAUUAUGUUUCAUCUAUCCCUGGAAGAAAAUUCUUGUCCGAUGAAGGCACUAGAAUCUAAAUUCCGUUGAUAAAGAUGUAAUAAAUGCAUCAAAUCAAGUACAACAUUUGGCUGUGAACAAAGCCUGCGAAAAGUCAUAAAUUCCUAAGGAAAACAAGCAAUAAAUUUGCUACUAAAAAGUUUCAAAAGCUGAACGCAACUCCCAUAACGAGCUGAGUCCACUAACGUGUCCCCGUUGUCCACGUCAAGCGGGUCUCGAAACACGUUUGGCGCGCGUUACGCGUUCAUGAACAAAGGAAACAUGCAUUACUCAGUCAAGUAAUGAAUCAAUUUAAUUAAUUUCAGGGGGUGGCUUUGCGCUUUCCGUUGCCCUGGUAUGGUAAAAAGGCGUAGUAGUGGAAUAAUAAAGUGAUAUUAUUUAAUAAUACUACAGUGAGUAAAAGAUGUAAAUACAUGAAUGAUAUCUAUCAGUUGAUGGGCGUAUAUGUUACUAUGAUUAAAUUGAGAUUAAGGUUAGCUAAGAAGGUUUGCCGAAACUCACUGUUAAUUAGUCCAAUUUUUUAAAACUUUUGGAUGCUUUGUUUUCUUCAGCACUUUCCCUAAGUUCCUUUAGUCGUUAAUGGAUCUAAUCGUAAAAGUUGAGUCAUCAUAUUUAGGAAUCUUAGAUUUAGUUUUCUGAAACGUGGACGUCACAAAUAAGUUGAAGCAAAGAUUUCAGGUAUUUAGAAGAGAAAAUUGUAGUUCCAAAUACAUUCGCGAAACUUAAUACAACUCAACACCCUGAGAGCCGAGUUGGGUCGGUUUUCGAGAUCUCGCCUCACCACUUUUUUCUUUGGUUAGCGAGAUCUUGGAAAACCUGGGUAGGAAAUUUCCCAAGAGAACGGUCAAAUCCAUUGUUCUCUCUUUGUCUUUCUUUUUCUCCAGCGCGGUAAUCAAGCUAUUGAAUUUCGCAAAUGAAUCGGGCCAAUAUUCAGGCUAAGUAUUAACUCGGAAACAGGAUGAUAUAUCCCAAAUGAUUAGAGGCAAAUAGGCCCGAAAACAGUAAAUAAACAAUCAAUUUAAAGUUUUGUUUUGUUUAUGGAUGGUGAGAAACAGUGCUAUAUCGAUCGACAGGCUUUCUUUGAUAGCAAACUGAAAAUUGUAUCCGGCUUUACUUUCAGUCAUUACGUCAAACGUCCUUCUAAGCGGUCAAAUAGAGACACAUACUACUGACCAGGCCAAGACAAUAUUUGAUGUGAAUACGUUUUUUGUGAUCAGCAUUAUAAAGGCCGUUCUUCCGAUGAUGAAAAAGCAGCGAGAUGGUCGACUCAUCAUUGUAAGCAAUCAAGCAGGAGUGCUUGGUAUCCCUUUUCACGGUCUCUACUGUGCCUCGAAAUUUGCCCUUGAAGGGUUCAUGGAAAGUAUUGCUCCAGAAUGUCUUGCAUUCAACAUCCGGUAAGUUUAUAGAAGCUCUUUGAUUAGUAAGUUCAUGGCUUAACCGCAAAUGCCAUGAAUGGAGCAGAGCAGUGUUGAAAAGAGUAGAAAUAAAAUCAUAAAUCUUAAUAUGUUGAGAGGCUGAUCUGUACAUCUGUCAGGGGAAUACCAGGUAUUUUAAAGUCACAGAAAUAAGGUUAUAGAAACUCACCGAAGAGUAUGAUGAAGUUGGUAUGUGUUUUGGCACAAUGCUGUAAGUUGUUUUUCUACGAAUCGAACUCGAUUCGCUACGAAUGAAAAAGUUGUUUUACUGCAAACUUACGUGAUUCGAACUUAAACUUAUUCAAAACAAACUUUUGUUCUUUCCUGUCACGCACCUAAACAUCUGGUUGUGUCUGAAACUCAUGCAAUCUGUGAAGGUUGCAUUCAAACGAAACGUACCAAGCGUUGUGCAUUCGGCGUACCCUGCCAACACCACAAUGUUAUUCAGCCUGCUGUCUUAAAUGUGUUUGACACUAAUUUAAGUUAAUGCUAACCUCCUAUAUAAGUUUUUUGUAGUUACACUUAAGCAUUGAAAUUAGAAAUGAAAUUACAGUGCAAGCUGGAAAGUUAAGUGAACCAGUUGGUUUCUUUGUUAGCUUUCCGCACAGUUUGAGAUCUAAAAUACAACGGGAAAAAAACAAGGGAAAGAGAAAGAAUACCAGUAACUACAACGUCAUGUAAUAUGAUGCCGUGUUAAACGUUGAGAGGAAUUACUUUCUUCUUUGUUUUGACGGUAGAUAACGUUUUGUUUGUUACGAAAAGGCAAACCCACAUCAGCUCUAACUCCGGGCUUGUAAAGAUUUUGUUUAGCUGUCUUUAUUUUAGCAAAUAUAUUUACCUUCCAACAUGGUUUUGGUUUACCUCAAUUUUCUUUGUUUGUGGCUUAUACACACUACCCCAAACUAAUACACCUUGGAGAUAUAGGGAUUAAUUGAAUUGUGAUAAGUUUCUGAUGCCUUCAUUUCGAUGCUACUCCCAUAUCUCGAGAUAUACGAAAACAAGCAAAUGAGUUUGUAAGGAAACGACUUUUGAUUUAAAGCGAAUCGACUACGUUUUGUACCAAAAUAACCUGUGACGAAACGGUUCCGUUGGAGCGAAACUAUUAGACACCUCUUCAAACCAUGGCAAAUCUUUGCUUGCUCGAGAAGAAGUGUCAUCGCUUUUGCGUGCUUUGCGUGUUUUCCUUUAAUCAUUGAUAUGAAAGUAACCGAAAUUUCCUAGCUUGUAGCCCAAGGAACCCCUUUUGCGAAAUGGAUGAUUGUUUGUUUCUUCAAAUAAUCUGAAUUCAGUGAAAACACUGAAUUUAAUAAAGGCCACGAAAAAGCAAUCAACUUAAUUAAAAUGUACUUAUUUCCCAGUUUUAGACCCUGGUGUUCAACGAGAAUCGCCUUUUGUAUUGUGUACACUUGUUCCGUUCUUCUUUCACUUUGUACAGCGUUAGCCUUUCGGGUUUUCUAAAGGUACCACCAUGUCUCUCUCUUAGAAGACGUGACACAUUCUUUUUUGAGCAAUAGAUACGCGAUAUAUAUGUUGAAUAGAUGUGUAUCUAUUUACAUAUCUAUUUCAUAAUAUAUAUAUUAGAAGUAUUGACCCUUCUAAAGCUGGAAUGGAAACUCAAUUAUUUCGCUUGUUGUGUUGACAUUCCCUUUCACUGAUAUACUUGAUUAUUGAUUUUGCAUCAAUUCAUCGUUGUAGUUGCUCAAUUGUUGAAACAAGUAUGAUAAAAGGUGAAGAGAAGACGGCCCAAACCAUACAAGUUUCUAUCCGGUCUAAAAUGGAAAAUGCUGAUGACCACACCAAAAAGUAUCAAGAUUCAUGUUCAGCGAAAAUGAGGAGACAAAGGUCUGUGAAAAACUUUGAUUUACGCAGAGUGACUGAACUUAUACGGGAAAUCAUACUUGAAGAGAGACCUCAUUUCCGGUACCAACUUAACAAGUCGUCAAAAGAUGCAGCUAGGGAAAAAUGGAGUGACCUACACGGAGACACCUACAUCUUCGACUCUGCUGAACAAUUUCUGUGCGUUGAAACGGAACGCCUGCGGGAUGCAUUGGAUAAUAUAAAUAGUGUUGAGAGCAAGGUAUAAUAAAGCUUGGAACGUGACCAGUUAUUCCAACACCUUAGAAGAAGAAUUCCUACUUUCAAAUACUAGCUAUUUUUCACAUGAGUCUUUGUUCUUUGUUCUUCCAAGCUAGUUAUCGUUUUACUCGAUUAUACGUGGUCCUGCAAUAAAUUCUGCUCCCGAUCAGAAGAAGACAGUGUUUUCGAGAGGAUUCUAACAGAAAAAAUUAGAAAAAUAACAACUACGGCAUAACUCGUUAAUCUACACCAUCCUUGAUGUAAUUUUUCAACAACGAGUGCGUGAGUCCAAGGUCCUGUGACAACACAGAUCUAGACACAGAGAAAACAAUGAAAGCACGAGGCCGUAGGCGAACCGCAUUGAGGUUUUUAAGUGUAUGAAUACAGCGAUGAAGCCCGAGUUUUUCAUAUGGGCUCCAAGAUUCUUAACUCUGCUUUAGUAAUCAGGAUAUUUUGUUUCAGGGCUCAAAUUUUCCUUGGUGUUAUGCGAGUCGUACAAAUCAAAAUUUUUCACUUUAAAUUCAUUUUUGCUUGUGUUCAGUCAUAUUUACUGGUGAAGAUGGCAGACUCCUAAAAACUAGAGAUGAUUCAAAGUUUUUAGAUUAAGUCAACAAUUUACGAAACAAAAUGGGUAACUUUAAUAUUUCACGAAUGGCGAGGAGGUCUUCGUUGAUGGGAGAAAGUGAAAUUGUAUUGUGGCCAAUACUAAUUAAAAGUAAUUUUCUUGUGUUGGUUUGUUUUCCAUUCAUGCGUGAGUCCAAGGUCC